CUAUUGAACACCAUCAUCAUCUUUCUUUUCCCCUUUCCCUCUGGUUUAGAUAUCUCGUCUGUCCCCGAGAAUUACCACCAUGGACGCAAUUCAGAAGACCAUCGUCGAUCCCCUCCAACCUUUCCUCCGUCCCAUCGUUUCGUCGGUGCCACAGCCUGUCCACGAUGCUAUUAUCUCUCUCAUCGGAUCAAGCUGCCACAACACACUCCUGCUGAACUUGGAUCUUGCCCAGGACUCGGCUUGCACAUCUCUCGCAAUUUCCAAGGCUCUGGGUAUUGCGAUUGUCGGCGCUAGCGGGAUUGUGAAGGUGCCCCAGAUUCUCAAGCUCAUCCGUUCCGGAUCCUCGGCCGGGGUGUCCUUCGUGUCGUACGCCCUCGAAACCGCCAGUCUGCUCAUUACCCUUUCCUACGGUGUCCGGAACCAGUUUCCGUUCAGCACUUACGGUGAAUCUGCUUUCAUUGCGGCGCAGGAUGUGUUGGUUGGAGUGUUGGUCUUGACGUAUGCCGGCAAGUCUGCAGCUGCGGCUGCCUUCCUGGCAGUUGUGGCAGCCAGUGUGUAUGCGUUGUUGGUCGAUACUACUCUUAUUGAUGCACAAUCCAUGGCGUACCUCCAGGCCGGCGCAGGAGCUUUGGGUGUCGCUAGCAAGGUGCCUCAGAUUCUCACUAUUUGGCAAGUAGGAGGUACUGGGCAGUUAAGUGCUUUUGCGGUGUUCAACUAUCUCGCAGGCUCCCUGACUCGCAUAUUCACGACCCUCCAGGAAGUCGACGACAAGCUCAUCCUGUACGGAUUCCUUGCGGGAUUUACUCUGAACCUGGUCCUUGCGGCGCAGAUGCUGUACUACUGGAAUAGCCCAUCGCAGCCCAAGAAAGCGGUUCAGACGCCCAAGUUCAAGUACGCUGUUUCGGCGCCUGAGGCAACUCCGGUUGCUCGCAGCUCGGGGGCGUCGCCUAAGCCGUCUGGAAGGACUCCUACCACCCGACGACGCGGUUAGACUAGUUGAAAUACGGGUUUCUUCUUCUUCUUCUUCUUCUUUUCUUCCAUUACUAUGUCACAGUUUAAUUGAUUAUAAGUGAAUACAUUACCUUGGUCGCAUCUGUACCACUGAGAC